AAUGUUCGCUGCGCUUCUUUAGAGUUAAGUGUAAUGAAAGUGACUUACAUAAAAUGUAUUAUUUUAUUUGAAUUAUUUUUACCUUUCCUACAAGUACAAAGUUGUGAAGUUUGAUUUUUUUGCAAACAAACCAAUUAAGCACCAUUUCUGGUUUCAAAUCAGUUUGUUAUCUUUACUACAUCAAUUUGAUAUGAAAAUAUUUGUAAGUAAUAUAUAUCAAAAUUAAUUCUUGAAAGUUUUUGCAAAAAUGCAAACAAGACGUCAGGGUAAUGCAAAAAGUCGUCGCAAUGCAUUAAAGACACUAAGAAAAAGGGACUGCGUUGGCUUACUGUUAGUCGGAAAAUGUGAGACUGGAAAAAGUUCGCUUGUAAACAGAUGGAUAAAUGGAGAUUAUAAAGACUACUAUAUACCAACUGUCGAAGAAUUUUACUUAAAAUCUUACGGCGUUAUGGGGCAUAGUGUAAAUGUUGGAGUAAUCGAUAUGUCAGGAUCAUGGGACUUUCCGGGAAUGUUAGAUUUGUAUUUCAAUAAAGCUGAUAGCAUAAUUUUUGUUUACGAAGUUAAUAACAAAGUUUCUAUUUCUGAAAUGUUUUUGUUUUAUCAACGUUUGUUAAAAAUUCGUGGGGAAAAUCACGAGGUUUAUAUGUCUGUAGUUGGCACUAAAAUGGAUAAACAGCAACAAUACGAUGAAAAUACGAAAAACGAAGCUGUCGAUGCUUUUAUAAAAGAAAUAGGAGGACGAGCAAAGCAUACAAUUACGUCGGCAAAGUUAAAUAUAAACGUCGUUGAAGCCUUUGAAGCAGCGCUGAGUAAUGUUGUAGCAAAUAUGACUCCGAAUGAAGACGCCAUUAAAAGAUUAGAUAAAUUAAUGAAGACUAAUGAAAAGAAAAGUAUUUGUUCAGCAUGUAGUUUGAUGUGAAAAUUUUUAUAUAAAUUGAAAUUUAACAGCGCCAGUUACACCUGACCGAUAAUAUUGUAUUUUUUAUCAUUUGCUCUCUUAAAAGUAAUCAUUACAUAUUUUUGCUGCAUUCUAAGAUUCAUGGCAAUAGAGUUUACAAUAGAGUAUAAAACCAUAAAUUUUUUUUAUUAAAACCAUUCAUGAAGAUUAAGUUAUAUUUUGAAACAGAAGCUCUAUGGAUAAAUAGUUUCCAGUGUGUGUAAAGUACUUGUAUAAAGUCAUAAAAGUUGUGUAUUUAUUACAAGUGUUUUGUUUCUUUAUUUGAUAACUUGACGUUUAAUUCACUAAUUAUAGUUCUCAAAUUACAAUAAAAAAAGUAUUUUAGUUAAUUCGAUUCCGGAAUUGUUUUGUUUGAAAGUUUAUAAUUUAAUUACGUAAUUUAUAAAUAAUUUUUUAAUUGUUUCUGUUUUGUUUUGUCAUUAUUAACAACCAAUGUUAAAUUGUGAUUCUUUAAUUUCCCAGAGAUGAGUGAAAGAUAAGGAGUUGGUGGGAAACAGACUACGCUUGCAAAUCUUAAAUAUGGAAAUUAUUUUAAUAAAUCGGCUAAUUAUUUAUUUUUAUUGUUAAAAAUUGUUACGUCUAUUUAUUAUUCAGUAGAAAAUAAAAAAAAUUGAAGCAAUUAUUUAUGAAGCAUGUCAAAUGUAUUUAAAUAUUUUAUAAUUGUUUGAUUGUAAUUUGUGGUACAUCAUUAUAUUUUAAGAUGAAACUAGAAAAAAUCAUAAACUUAUUCUACGGGUUGGGUCGAGCUCAACUAUCAAGACUAAAGAGAUGCACUUGUAAAAA